GGUGUGGGCAGCGGCCAGCGUCGAUCGCUGGGACGUAGCCGCAGGCUCGGCGGCAGGCAUGCUGCAGACCAUAUACGAGGGCGAGGGGCGCAUCCCGGCCGAGUGGCUCCGAGAUGUCCUGGACGCUCGCAGCAUCUCCAGUAACGUGACUGGCUCAGGUGCGGAGGUGCUGUCGCCCUCGGGCCGUCCUGAGCUGGCCAUGCCCGAGUGGGAGAGCGACUCGGGAGAGUGGGAGAGGCAGCUGCAGAGGGAGCUGCUCCUCAUCCAGCGGCAGCAGCACAUCCAGAAGCAGCUGCUCAUCGCAGAGUUCCAGAAACAGCACCAGGCCCUCCUGCGUCAGCACCAGGCCCAGCUGCAGGAGCACAUCAAGCUCCAGCAGGCGCUGCUGACCCUGCGGCAGCAGCAGGAGGCGCUGGCCGAGGAGCACAGCGUGGAGACUGGCGAGGAGAAGGAGGAGGUGCGGGGGGAGGAGCCAGAGCGCCACCGGAGGGAGCUGCCGCCCCCCCAUCACCAGCAGUUCAGCCACAGGAAGAAGGAGCGCUCCAAAGAGAGCCUCCAUCUUUUGCCUGUAGGUGCUACGGCCAGCACAGAGGUGCGGCAGAAGCUGCACGAUUUCCUGCUGAGCAAAACCGCAAAAGACGUGGCCCCCUCCUGCCUCCCGCUCAGCCAGCGCUCCAAACUCUGGUACAUCACCAGUCAGCACGUCUCCAUGGAGCAGAAUUCGCCCCCUUUAGGAGAGAUGCCCCCCAAAUUCAAAUCCCCUCUGCCCUCCAGUCUGGACACUAGGGAGGACUUCCCCCUCCGGAAGACAGCAUCGGAGCCCAACCUAAAGGUGCGGUCACGGCUGAAGCAGAAGGUCUCGGAGCGGAGGAGCGGUCCCGUGCAGAGACGCCGGGAUGGCAGCGUGCUUGUCACGCCCCCCAAGAAACGCCCCCUCGAGCUCAGCGAUUCCUCAGCCAAUGACAGCUCUCCCAGCUCUGGCCCCAGCUCUCCCAUUGGCUUAUGUGGCACAGAGAAUGGCGCAACCUACCGGCCCUGUACCGCCCAAAUAGAGAGUUAUUUGCCACAUGGGGGUAUUGUGAAGGCAGAUGGAUCCAUGGCUCUGUUGAACCUUUACACUUCGCCAUCGCUGCCUAACCUCACGCUUGGCUUCCACUCUGGGCCUUGUCAAACCAGCCCUGCCACACCUCUCACAGAGCGGGCAGGAGAAGUGCAGCCCCUGGGCGCCAUGCCGACCGUCUCCCGGGAGACACCAAAAGUGAACAACAGCCACAAAGCCCUACUGCAGCACCUGCUGCUCAGGGAGCAGAACCGGCAGCAGAAGAUGCUCUCAGCUGGUGGCGUGUUGGCGCUCGGCCCGCCCCUCCUGGCGGCGAGGGAGCGCUCGGGCGGAGGCACGCGGCCUCGGCCCCCCCGGCACCGCCCGCUGAGCCGCACGCAGUCUUCGCCACUGCCGCAGGGCACGCUGGCCCAGCUUGUCCUGCAGCAGCAGCACCAGCACUUCGUGGAGAAGCACAAGCAGGUACACGCUUCUGUGUGCCGCGCACAGGUGCUGUCCCACUCCAUCGAGCACCUGCGGAACGCCACGGCCCACCUGGAGGAAGACGAGGAGGGUGCGGCGUGGGAGCCCAGAUGCCAGGAGAUCACGCUGCCCCCUGCUGGCGUGAUCCGGAGCCACAGCAGCGGCGGCGGCGCCGAGGCCCCUGCCGCCCAGGUGCGCGUGAUCAGGGUGAAGCAGGAGCCUCUGGAUUUUGGGAGCGGGAUGGAGCAAAGCAGGGUGGGGAGUGCGGCGCGGGGGAGGGGGGGGGAGGGGGGGCAGGAGGGGGACGGCGGAGGAGCAGCGCAAGGAGGCGCUGCUGCUCCAGGUCAAGACUGAACAGAGAUCCAGGCGUAUGACCGAGACGGACGUCUGAGAGAGGGGGGCAGUUAGGACGAGUGGGAGGGAGAGGAGGGAGGGUGGCUGGGAGACAAUGAGAAUUAAGACAAAAUGCAAAAGGUCACACCCCAUCCAUCAUUUUCCAUCCAAAAAACCGAGCUAGCGCUACGGUCAGCGUGACCGCCAGAGUCACGGAGGCUGCGGUAUGUUGCUCUACGGUGUGUCACGCGACGCAUCCCUCGCUCUCUCUGCCGCUCUCCAUCGCCUACUUUCACACACGUAGCGCCAAGAAAAGCUAUGACAAGAUUUCACCCCCCUUCGUCAGGCUGCCACGAGGACCUGCAGCCGUAGUCUGACCGAACGACAAGUGCAGCACAUCUCGUGUGAGAAUAUCUGCGAGCUUUUCUGGCGUCUGUUAAAAUGUACAUAUGCCGUGCGGAACAGGGACGAAAUGCUGUGCGGCCAUCGCCGUUUGUUCCCAAAUUAAGCCAUUUUGUCCCGUGUGUUUUUCUCGAGGGGCAUUCUACCGACCAGUUGCAUUCUGGUAUACUGUUCAACUGACAGUAGAACAUUCAAAGCUGUGUGUCAAUGUUUUCAGAAGUUAUUGUGAUCGGAUGAAGGCCGAGUACUGUGGUCAUUUAAGACUCCGGUUAGGCCGUCUGCGUGCAGGCGUGCCCUUAUGGACACCAGGACUGUUUCUGAAAGUGUGUGUUUCCUGUUUAUUUUAAAGUGUAAUUAAACUCAUGUGAAGUAUGAGGAAUUUGGGAUGGUCCAAGUCCCUGUGUUAAAUGGAUGGUUUGGAGUUUUUGAACCAAAUAUCAACUUUUAAAUGCUGAGAAACUUGUUUUGAUGGCUGGGGUUGUACUGACACAAUGCAACCAAAAACGUCCUUAAAAGAGCAGGUUCUCUCAUGAACAAAGCCUGAAACUUACAAACUCCAUAAAUAUGGAAGUGUUAAGAACAUCAAUCUUCCAGAAUAACAGCAUAGGUUUUAAGAGGAAAAAGUGCUUGCUGAAGCAGCUUUCCUGAGUCUUAGGUUUCAUUUUGUGUGGCCUGAUCUGAGAUGCGACGAAUGAGGAGAAAAAGCUUAUAUGGCACCCUUAACAUGCUGGGAUAGUUGUGGCUAGUGUAGCCAAUAUUCUGGAGACCAUUUGUUGUGCGUUUUUAUUACUAUGUGCAGUGAGGACUUUUACUUUGAAAAUGUUGAUAUAGGUCUCCAGGUUGCCUCCUGGCUACCGCCACAGUGUCUUUGUGAGGGGUUCUGGUGUUCGGAGGCUCAAUACAAACCCAGUUAGUAACAGAAGGCACUGUGGUGCAGAGAUGUGUACCACUAAUAUGACAAACUUGAGAUAUUUAGUUUGAAAAUUCCAGAACAUUCUAUUAAUGCUCAGAGGACUUGGUUACCAGUCAGAGAGAGAAAAGGCUUUUAACUUGUUUCCUUGUUUAGCCUGGUCUCACGUGUUUAUUGACUUUUCUUUUCUAACAAAAUAAAGGUUCUCUCUGUGCAUUGAGA